CUCAUUCAAGCAAGUUGAAGGUUGAUCUGAGCAGUACACUCAUUUGGACAGUUUGACGGUCGAGGAAGACACGGACUGCGAAGCUCCUUGCGAGCCAGUCAACCUCGGGGCAGCCGGGAGAGUUACACAGCGCAGGCGAUGAGGUGAACAUUUCACCCGUACUUGAACAAAACGAUAUUGACGGGCGAAAAAUAUGGCUCGGCACCACCCUGAUUUAAUUAUGUGCCGCAAGCUACCAGGAAUCGCAAUUGGCCGGCUGUGCGAAAAAUGCGAUGGUAGAUGCGUUGUUUGCGAUAGCUUCGUGAGACCGGCUACUUUGGUGAGGAUCUGUGACGAGUGUAACUACGGUACGAACCAGGGUCGAUGUGUGAUUUGCGGUGGGCCAGGCAUCGCGGAUGCUUAUUAUUGCAAAGGGUGCACCACCACCGAGAAAGACAGAGACGGAUGUCCAAAAAUAAUCAACCUCGGAAGCGCGAAAACGGACUUGUUUUAUGAGCGGAAAAAGUAUGGCUUUAGAAAGUGAUAGCUGGUUUGGAAAUACGCAGAAAGUGUCAUCCAGUAUAAACUCCUAA